AUGGUUAUGGGCCGGCGCAGGCCUAAAUAUUAUCUUUAUAUUGAUGGAUGUUACUCCAAAAAGGGCCACGUGUGCUCCCUAAACAACAAAGCACUCAAUCGACUGCUGGACUAUGCAAGAACAACCUCCGAAAAUAUCUCCUUCAUCUUUCAGUACCUCGGCAGUUGCACAAAGAAGUAUGCUCACAAGAAUAAAAUACCCCAUUUACAAGUCAGUUGCGAGGUGUACAAGCGCUUAUUCUAUGAAUGCUUUUCAUUUAUAUCCUCCAGCUGGUAUACACUUCUCAUAGAUGUCUCUCUGUUUCUCUUAGCAUCCUCUGGCUUCACUAUCAGAUGUAUCGGGCUAGAUCUCUUUGCCACGUUCUAUGCAAUCCCUAUAAAUAUUUCCCAGAUAUCUCGUACAGUCAGUCAAGGUAGAAAGCUCACUACAUCAUCGCUUCAGUAUAUUGAUUUACCACUAGAUAGGUCUGAUGCAGUGGCUACCUUUCUUCGCAACAACCAGGAACGCUUGCUGCGUGGAAUUAACAGCCUAGCGGCAAGCCUUACGCGAUUCAAUCCUGCAUUUCCUUUUCUCGACAUGCUCGCCAUUCACUUUGCAUCAACCCUUUGCUUCCUGUGGCUGUAUUUUACAUACUGUACAUUGUUGUUGAACGUAGGUGAGGCCAACAUCAACUACCGCAAUCUAGCGGGCGCGCUUUUGGUUGCAUAUACAAUUUCAAGGAAUAUCGGUGUACUUGAUAAUCUUGCAGGUGCAAUCCAAGUUUCUAUCAAUAGUGGUCAGAUACUACUCCAACGCAACGUAGAAAUUCUAUUAGACUAUUACAAUCUUUACCAUAGAGUUCUGAGCAACGCUCUCAGCAACAAAGAUGUCAUGCUACGUGGCCCCAUGGCUACUCCGCGUGGGUUACCCAGCAGCUUCGCGGAAACUGAAAAGGGCACCCCGUGGUCCAGUCUCCUCGCUGUGUUAGAGUGUUCCGCCGGUUUGUCUACUAAUGCUAUGGUGGUCAAUGACAUUAACUUCCUCUUCGACAAAGAUCGGACUCGAUCGUUUCCAGAACAAGGUGUCCUCUGCUACUGGCGUCUGAUUAUUAAAUCUCUAUCACUGGUAUUCCAGGAGCAAGUGGAAGAUGCAACUAAGCCUCUCCUUACAGAGGAUAAAAGCUCUACCUCACUCAUGUUGAUUGAAAAGCCAGCGUCGGUACUGGACUCCAACGCAGCCCGUGUUCUAGCCCUUUUUUCGAAGACGCGUACUGAGAUAUUGUUUAGGUUGAUUAAUGGUGUCUCCGAUGGUAGCCACGUUCUUGUACACGCACCGUCCAUCUUCCACUGGGCUCAGCACCAUAUACUAACGUCUCGGGUUGUCUCGGCAACAAUGCUUAGGCUUCUCGUUCUGGAACUAGUUAAGUUCCGCCAGAUGUGCCUUUUGGCGGGGACCAACAUACAGAUCUCUAAUGUUUAUUUGCACGGGAUCGCAACAGUGCUCUUGAUGGACUGUCCCUACGCGCUCUUUAAUCUCAUUUUGGCUAUGAUAAUGUCGCAGCAAUCCUCUAAAGAUAUUGAGCCAGACGUGGUAAGACAGCUGUUUAUUCACUGUGCCGAGCCUGAUACUCUAGAGGCAAGCUUUUUGGCUGACUUUCUCCUCCCAGCUGACGCAGAGAAGGUGGUCAGCGAUUCCUUGCUUCUUCAGAUGCGUGAUGAUAUCUCUAUUAUUGCAAUCGAGCUUCUAGGAGCUCUCCCGUACCUAAAUAACGAGCUAUCACGAAUUUUUCUCAAGCGCCUCUACAAGUUACUGUACCACCUGCGCACGUUUUUCUUUACUAAAAUCAUUGCGCUUGAGCCAUCAGUUCAAGCUGCAUACGACACUUUCUUAUCUAAAAUACAUGAUAUGCUUCUUCAGCAUGCAAUGGUAAUAGUUUCCUCUGGGUUUUCUAAUGCGCAAAUUCAACUAGACGUGAUACUGAAAGCCCAAGUCAAUAACCUAUCACUCAGUACAGAAAUGGAGAGGCGAGAAUUUCCUCAGGGCAGUACUGAUAGACUCCAUGAUGAGCCCUCCAACCAAAGCAAGUGCACUGCUGUUCGGCAAGCAGAUAAGCACAAGAGACUUACUAGUACCUUAACAAAUAUGACUUUAUACGACCACAGAGUAUCUUGUACCGACGAUGCUGACCUAUUAAGCUUUACAUCUCUUCAGUCGUUGCAGUCAAAGUGUGGUCAAUACGACUCACGACCAUAUAUUUUUGAGUGCAUAAAGGCUUCUCGUUUCUGGGAAGUAUUAAUAACAGUUACUUCCAGCUGUUUUCGUGACAGGCUUUCUAACGUUAAGUAUGGGGUAGACCAUUUAGUCACUGACUUCCUCUGCUGCUCGUGCUUCCGAGCGCUUGUCAACAUUCUUCACGAAUCACCUUCAAGUAACUAUGCUUGCCCUCCCACUCUAACGAUUAGAAGGCCGUCAUCUUCAGCACACGUCCAUCCUUACAGUCCCUUUGAGUCCAAUAUUACUAACUCGGCUUUUUUUCACGAUGCCUCAGUCAACUUGUUUGAACAAAUGCCAUUUCAAGACCAUGAGGUGAGUGCUGGGGCGUAUUAUAACACUGGAGAUCCUAACGAUACUACUGAUAAUGCUGGGUCAAGCCUUUCUCUAGGGAAAUCAACUAUAAGUGUAAUAGGAUCUCAGGCCGUGCGCCUUUCGGCUUACUUGACUGCUAUUUCGAUGACGCCACUUGAGCCUCAGGCGCCCUCCCAGUCAAUAAAAGACGAGCCUUAUCAUACUCUGGCAUUUGCUGCAAAGAACCGUGAGCCAGGGAUAGAUAUACCCCAAGCGUUUCUGGCACAGCAGGAAACAGGUUCCUCGGAGCCUGCACUGCUUCGCUCACCAAUAAGCACGUAUACCCUUAUUGCAACGAUUCUUUCGGAGACAACCCUUAUGAAGACGCUACUCUCUUGUGUGCGGGGGCAGGCCAUCUUUUAUUUGCUGCUCAUUUACAGCAAUCUGAUGGGAGACGUGUUACGGCUAAAUGCAAAUCAAGGAGGCUUUUUAUCUAUCGACUUUUGGAAGGCCUUCAGCCAUCUUGUAGGGAAUCUCCUCACAGGAGGAACCUUUACCCACAGGUACCACGAAGGCUCUACUAGCUCGAGAGCUAUCCCUGUCUUCCUUUUAUAUGAAAACGCGCUCAGAGCAAAGGACUCGAAGCAAAUAGCCUCUGACCAUGAUUCGGAUCUUGGAUCUGCACCUGCCCCAAUGCCCUCUGCAGAUUCCUCUCUGGGUGAACUAGAGGCUUUUAGGAAUGCUUUGUUUAUGGACAACAAGACAUGCAGUCUACGUCCCUAUGCACUGUCUAUCUUUGAGCGUGUCUUAGAGGAAUUACCUAAGACGUCUAGCUAUGAUAUUCUACCACACAUUAUUCAUACUGUAUACCCCGAUGCAGUUAUACCCUUGCCACUUGGAUACACUCUGGGCAUAAUCCUGGCCUCCAGCCCUGCCUUUGACGAGACCCCCACCGCUGCUAAGUGGGGCUCCAUCCCACUCCCAUCCGUCUCCGUGACUGACCAAAUAUCAUCUGGUUUCCCUUUCGUUAAGCAUAGUAGCCUAGAGAGGAGUACCGCCUCCAACACUACCUUAGAUGAUGGCUACUUUUCAGACUAUGGUUGUUUGAACGCUAUCAGGAAGGAUAUGCGUACACAACCCUAUGCAUUACUAUCUAAGAGCAUAUAUGAAUCUGUGACUCAACUACGUCGGUCGAUUUCGACUGUUAAUAACGCAUCUUUCGCUGUUACAAAAUCUAGUCUCAAGAAGAGCCCAACUAAGGACAUUGUAUCUGACCCUGUUCUGCAAGUGAGUGGUCGGGUUAACGAUGAUAGCUACAUAUCUAGAAGCCUUCUAACAGGCAUAGAUACCAAUUAUUCUCGCCUACCACAUGGAAGCAGUUCUCUCUCUUCCUCUGCAAGAGGGUCUACCGAUAAAUCAUUUUCUGUUGAGGCUCUUCAAGAGAACGUUAUGUUAAUUGCAAAAACCUACGUUUCGCUAGUGACAGUGAUUUCCUUCGCUAAGACUAGUGGCAGAGAGCUUAUCAAUGACUUGUAUGUGAAGGUACCGCUGUCUACCAUUGCCCUCUGGAUCUUUCACAAUAAGGCAGUAUCCGGAGACUCUGUUCUUGCUUGCUUUAUCAUAUUAUUCAUAUACAUUUGUGGUAGAGAUCCACCUGAUGAUAAUGCGCUUUUCCUUGCUUGCCAGCGCCCCCCACUUCACCUGAAAAAGGAUACACUCACAGGCGACCCCUCCUUCAAGGUGAUGCUGCCCGGACCAUCGCCCACUGUAGAUUCUAAGCCGAGGCAUGGCAAGUGGACAGACAUGUUUGAACUGUCCGAGGUUAAAGCGUUUAUCACUGAAUUAUGUAAGCGAUACAAGACGCUGAGGUACUUCUUCCGAACGAACGUUUCCAAGCUUUUGUCUGUCCUUUUCGAGGCGUUGUAUAAGCAUGCAGAGCUUUCGGGGAAGUUGGACAGCUAUGUCAUCGACGGCCUUUCCGCUCUCAGCUCUCGUAUGACUAUAUGCUGCAGCUUUCUAGAUUGCACGGACCGUACACAUCUCGAAACGCUCAUUUUAUCCACUCCGCCGCACGUAGGUUGGGAGGAGCUUUUGCGUUUAGCUGAGAAGCUGUCAAAGCUACGGGUCUCGUCUGCAGAAGCAUAUUUCAAACAACUAGAGGACUCAGGAGAUUACUUCAAUUUUAGUGAGGAGGCAAGAGUCAUCCGGAACAAGCUUAUGUCCGGAUCCAUCUACCGGGCAGAUAACCCAAUUAGUCUUUCUAAGCUCUACUUUGAGUACUACCUCCUCCCUGGUAUGGUAGUAAAAAGGAUGCUUAUAGAUCAGCUCUCCUGUGUAGGCACGAUCAUUACUCAACCCUCCGUCGAGUUUGUCAACUCCUCUUCUCUCCUGUUAGACAAGAGCUUUCCAACGUACGUACUACCUAACAAGCGGUCUCUUAUCAACGAGAUGUUAGGCAGGGUCGCGAAGCUACCGUUUAACAAUCCCCUCUACAUCCUCUCUAUUCUCACAGGUCUGGAACUCACGUUCCAGCUCUCAGGCGAGCUUUAUGCCUACGCCAAUUUACAGAUAACUGAGGCGAGACACACACAGACAACCGACAAAGCGUUCCCGCAAGUACCCCCUCGUGAUGCCAUACUUUCAUCCAUUCCUAUAGAAGCCAGUGAUUACACCUUAGCUCAGGAGACCUACGCAUUUAUCCUCAGCUUUGGCUCUCAAACCAGUGACUAG